GGUGUGCUGCUACGAUAGCUCGUUAUUAUAAGAGCUCAUCUAUAGCUUUGUGGUUAGGUUGGCAGUAGGUUGUUUUCUUGAAAGCCGCCCGGGGUUCCCAAUCGUCGCCACUGCAAAAUCGGUUAUCACAGAGGCGCACCAGACGGACUAACGUUAUAGGUUACAGAUGGAAAAGCAGGACCAGUCCUAUAUGUUUGCCAGUCUGAAACGGCCUCACUCAGAACAGCUGCUGCAAGGCCUCCAGCUCUUGCGGCAGGAUCACGAACUAUGUGACAUUGUCCUGCGUGUGGGUGAUGCCAAGAUCCAUGCCCACAAAGUAGUGCUGGCCAGCAUCAGCCCUUACUUUAAGGCCAUGUUCACGGGUAACCUGUCAGAAAAGGAGACCUCCGAGGUGGAAUUCCAGUGCAUCGAUGAGACUGCUUUGCAGGCCAUUGUUGAGUAUGCAUACACUGGCACAGUGUUCAUCUCCCAGGAAACAGUGGAAUCUCUGCUACCGGCUGCCGACUUACUCCAGGUUAAGCUAGUACUUAAGGAGUGUUGCUCCUUCUUAGAAAGCCAGCUGGAUGCUGGAAACUGUAUAGGCAUCUCUCGCUUUGCAGAGACAUAUGGCUGUCAUGACCUGUGCCUGGCUGCAACUAAAUUCAUCUGUGAGAACUUUGAGGAAGUCUGUCUAACAGAGGAGUUUUUUGAACUGACAAGGGCUGAGUUGGACGAAAUUGUGUCCAAUGACUGCCUUAAGGUGGUCACAGAGGAGACUGUAUUUUACGCCCUGGAAUCGUGGAUCAAAUAUGAUGUAACUGAGAGACAGCAGCAUCUGGCUCAGCUGUUGCACUGUGUUCGUCUUCCACUCCUAAGCGUUAAAUUUCUCACUCGCCUAUAUGAAGCCAACCACCUCAUACGAGAUGACCACGCAUGCAAGCACCUGCUCAAUGAGGCCCUCAAAUAUCAUUUUAUGCCGGAGCAUCGGCUCUCCUAUCAGACUGUGUUGUCGGCACGGCCCAGAUGUGCCCCGAAGGUGCUGCUUGCGGUAGGAGGCAAGGCCGGACUCUUUGCAACAUUAGAAAGCAUAGAAAUGUAUUUCCCUCGGACAGAUUCAUGGAUAGGUCUGGCCCCUCUCGGUGUACCCCGUUAUGAAUUCGGAGUAGCAGUUCUGAACCACAAGGUUUAUGUGGUGGGAGGCAUCGCCACACACAUGAGACAGGGCAUUAGCUAUCGGAGACACGAGAGUACAGUGGAGAGCUGGGACCCCGAAAGCAACACCUGGUCCUCUGUGGAGCGUAUGGCUGAAUGCCGCAGCACACUCGGUGUGGUGGUCCUGGCGGGCGAGCUGUAUGCCCUUGGAGGAUAUGACGGCCAAUAUUACCUCCAGUCGGUGGAGAAAUAUGUCCCCAAGUUGAAGGAGUGGCAGCCUGUGGCACCCAUGACCAAGUCCCGCAGCUGCUUUGCCACCGCUGUGCUGGAUGGCAUGGUGUACGCCAUUGGAGGCUAUGGCCCAGCCCAUAUGAACAGUGUAGAGCGGUACGACACCAGCAAAGAUGCCUGGGAAAUGGUAGCCCCCAUGGCAGAUAAGAGGAUCAACUUUGGAGUAGGCGUCAUGCUCGGCUUCAUAUUUGUGGUGGGCGGACAUAAUGGAGUGUCACACCUGUCUAGCAUUGAGAGGUAUGAUCCACAUCAGAACCAGUGGACAGCCUGUCGACCAAUGAAUGAACCACGCACUGGUGUGGGAUCUGCCAUCGUGGACAACUACCUCUAUGUGGUAGGAGGUCACUCCGGAUCAUCCUACCUGAACACUGUCCAGCGCUACGACCCCAUCUCAGACAGCUGGUUGGACUCGAGCGGCAUGAUGUAUUGCCGUUGCAACUUUGGUCUGACUGCCCUUUGACCCAUGGCCCAGCCAGCUAGGAUCCAAUAAGAGAACUUAGACACAAAGACGUUUCUUUUUUGUUGUCUCCUCCUCCUACCCCACAUUCAUCCUCCAGGUGUAGAGGAGCACUGCACACCGUGAACACCAGGGGAGAGGGUGCCUACUGAGUGGAUGGAUAUGCCGGGCUAGCUGGCUGGCUAGAGGGGGACCACAGACAUGGCUGCAGAGAUGAGAAAGAGCUGCAAAGUUGUGCGGAACAGACAGGAAGACCAUUAGGCAGCUGUUGUCACUGGCACGAGGAGAUGACCGCUCUACUGCUGCUGGACCACAAUGAGAACUCUGAGCCAUUUCCCCAGAGGAUUGUGGGAGAAAACUUGUCACUUUUGGUUCAAAAUUCUGUUAUGUUAGCAGAUUUUUUUUCUUCUUUUCCUUAAUGCCAUUAAUUGUGUUUAAAACGCAAAUCUUUUUUUUUUAAAUUUUUUUUAUAUUAUUUUCCCUGCUGCAGCUGGAACCAUGUGUUCAGAUUUUGUAGAACACCGCUGGUUGGCUGGUGUUUUUUUUAUGAAUAUGUGGUUGUUGGCCAUGUAGUGUGUAUGUCUGUGUGUAUGCUCAAGAGGCCCAUGCAUGUCAGAUAGGAUUGUUUGUUUUGUUAACGUGUCUGGGUGCAGAGCUGAUGCUUGACUCGACGACGCAAGAGUUCUGCAUCAAAAUCAGUGCUUCACAAAAAAGAGAAGUUGUAAUCUUUAUAUUUUCAAAAGGGCUGCCUUUUUCUCUCGUAAAUAGUCUAAAUAAAAUAUAUGGAAUAUAUUCUCUAGUGCAUUGCCUGUAAAAUGUCUUUCUGCACUGGGUCACUAGUGUGCGUGCGGAUGUGUGUGUAGUUUGAUUCUGAGGUUCAUUGUAGAGCUGAGUGACAAAUUCUCCUAAGAGUGUUUAUCACUUAGUUUCUGCUUCAUCCUCGGAGUCAUUUAAAAAAAAAAUUAAAUCUCCAUCUUCUUGCUUCUGAUACAUCUUCCAAAGGUCAGGUCGUGCACUUGCUACUCUUUAGUUGAAAUUGACCAUGGCCCUUUUUUCACCCUUUGGUCUGUACAGUAUACCAACUGGUGCUAUAUUUAGGAUUCAGGAUUCAGCUGUUUGUUUGUGUUGCCUCACACAAUUAGGUCAAGCUCUGUUACUUACUACUGCGUAAGCUGGUAGUUAGUAGUCUCAUUUGAAUGCGUAUAAUUGAAGGGGCCCCCAACCAUGCAAUAAAGUAAAUUCCUACUGCAAUGGAAGCCUGUGGUUGGAAAACUGCAAACUUCUGUCCUCAUAAAUAUCUAAAAGGUCUGACAGUUAGCACUGUUUGAUUUUUCCUUUUAAAAUAUAUCCUAGUUAGCAUUCCGCUUCCUUACAUUGUCCCUGUUACUGGAUCUGAGCAUGCUUGGUCAUUGUCUCCAUACCUGUUGGCUAUGAACAUGACUUUUUCUGCCUGUGAUUGGGUCAAAGUCUCCUCUUUUCACUCACCAACUCCCUACCAAACGUGAUUCUCAUGUAGCCACAGGUUUGAGGUAAUCCAUUCACAACUUCAUGUGAAGUGCCAAAACAUGAACUUUUUUUUUUGCAUCUUUCCCACCUCCUGUGCUACAAACCGCUUCCUUGUGUGCCACAAUUAAAACAUUAUCUUCCUGUCCUUAUUGCCAAUGUAUUAGCAUGAUAUUCUUCUAUGCUGUCCUAUGGAGAUGGGAUGAUAAAGCACCAAGAGCUGUGCCAGCCAACUUGGGCCAUGUUUCCACUGUCACCAGUCCUGUGUUCUGGGAGAGAGACCUGAGUGCUCCCCAGGCUCUGCAGCCUUGGGUUAGGCUAAAGGAUAGGUCAAGCAGUGCACAGCAAUAGAGGGCACUAGACAAGGGAAGGAUAGGUGUGGUGUGUCUUGUUGAGUCACUUUAUGUUCUAGUUUGAGUUGCUUUGUGCACUGAUGUUUGCACAUAAGUGGAAACUUUAACCAAGCUCUGCAUUGCACUUACAAACUAUUUGAUACAUAUUGUAAUUUGUACAUAUGCUUUAAUUUAGGAUAAUGGCAUUUAGAUGAUGCAAUAAGACUUCUGUUCUCUCUCUUUCUGUGUGUGUAUGUUUUUGUCUCUUUAAAAGACAAGGCAUCUCAUAUUGCUGUAACAGAACAUGGCAUGUUUGUUGAUUCACACUGUUGGCUGGCAAUAUUGACAUCUAAUGAAACAUCAAAUGGGACCAUUGACUUAGCCUCAUCCUACAGCGCAUUUUAUGUUGUCAUUUUGUUGUGCAGGGGUCAUUUGUGCAAGGCAUAUGUUUAUUGAGGCAGAUUCAGAUGGAUUUCUCACAAUCAUUACAUUAAUUAUGAUAAAAGGCCAAAUUUGAGGUAAACACUUUUAUUUUUAAAUUUUAUUUUUUAUUAUUAUAAUUUCUGCCACUUUCACCACAAGUCUUGUAAACGUUAAACAGGAUGUUUGCUCGUCCACUUGUACUCCAAACUUCAUGUGUUUGUGAAAUGAUUAGGGAAACCAUUACUACAGAUGGGGACUUUUUAUGUUUGCCUUGCAAAUUGGUGAUACAUUUAAUUAGUUGCAUCACUAUAUAGAGUACUUUCCUUUACUUUUAAAAGUAAGGCAUAAGCAAGCAAAGCGUAUUUCUGCAAAUAUUUAAUUUUAUUUUAGAAAGAUGUGAAAGACUUUUUGUAUUUAUAAUUUGUAUUUAUGUUGUGUAACCUGAUUUUGUUUGCUAAUUGUUUUGUACUAGAUUUUGUUGGUCACUUAACAGCCAUGGCACAAAUCACGCAGGCGUAAUUAUGUGCUACAGCCAUGAUUCCUCUAGCAUCUAUGUUAUGUAAAGUCUCAUGAUUUCUGAGGUGUAUAUUAAUUGCUUUAAUCCAUUUGAGAGAUGAAGAAAAUCUGCAAACGUUAAUCUGCAAAAAGAAGGGAUGUUAAAAUUGAGUUUGUAUGUAUUUUCAUUAUGGCCUAACCAAUGUCAUGUUUUUGCCACCACUCUCACCAAAGUGCUUGUUCAAAGAAAGCAGUUGGAUGACUAACACCUGGGUCUGCAAUGGACUGCCACUGUUUGUGUCUGAAUGAAAAAUUCUUUGAAACUGAUGUCAACGUUAAGCAAAUGACCACUCUGCUUCUUUUACAUUUCCCAUCGUGUGGCUGGAGUAAAGGUGAUGAUGAUCUUGAAUUUUCUAUCCUGUGGAUUAAUACUGGAAGUACAAGAUAACCUUAGGUGUAGAAACAGUAGCUUUUCACAUUUUGUCAUGUUUUGAUUGAAGACAUUUUAGUCUGUUUGUGUGGUGCAGUUGUACCCAGUUUAAAAUAAAUGCCUGCCUUAAAAGGUA